ACUGGAGCAAUCCCUGCUGAGCUGCCGUAGCACGGCUUUCCUUUGCAACCGCCCAACCCGCAGGAAACCCAGUGAGAGUAGGUUCAGGGGAGAAUUAAUAUUAAAACUGGAUUUACGUUAUUUUCGGUUAACUUUUUUGUGUUAUCAUGGAGGAACCAAUUUCAGUUUUGCGCUGUCUUGGGGAAUACCAUAACGCGGAACUGUUUAAUGAGGACAAUGUGAAGACGGUUACUUCAAUCGAACAGAAAAAAGUUGAAGACAGUGUACAAGACGUAUUCAAUGCUUACAAGAAAAACCACAGAUUGUCACCACCCAGUCUGCAACGGGAGCAGCAUUACAUCUAUUUAAAGAGGGGUUUACGACAUCUUUCAGAUGCCUACGAGUGUCUUGAUGCAAGCCGGCCCUGGCUUUGCUAUUGGAUCCUACACAGCCUGGAGCUCCUGGAUGAAUCAGUCCCUUCAUCUGUAGCAUCAGAUGUGUGUAAGUUCCUGGCCCGAUGUCAGAGUCCCAGCGGCGGGUUUGCAGGGGGCCCCGGCCAGCAUCCGCACCUCGCUCCCACUUACGCAGCUGUCAACGCGCUCUGCAUCAUCGGCACAGAGGAGGCGUACAACGUGAUCGACAGGCAAAAACUGCUAGACUUCUUGUAUUCACUGAAGCAGCCUGAUGGGUCGUUCAUCAUGCACGUGGGCGGUGAAGUGGAUGUCAGAAGUGCUUACUGUGCUGCUUCGGUGGCAUCCCUGACAAACAUCAUCACGGCCCCGCUGUUUGAGGGAACCCCCAGUUGGAUUACAAGGUGUCAGAACUGGGAAGGGGGUAUUGGUGGUGUACCUGGACUAGAGGCCCACGGUGGUUAUACUUUCUGCGGAAUGGCUGCCAUGGUGAUUCUUCAAAAGGAACACAUGCUGGACCUCAAAUCCUUGUUACGCUGGGUGACCAGCAAGCAGAUGCGAUUUGAAGGAGGGUUCCAGGGCCGCUGCAACAAGCUGGUCGAUGGCUGUUACUCAUUCUGGCAAGCUGGACUGCUUCCCCUCCUGCACAGAGCCCUACAUACACAAGGGGGUUCCAGUCUCAGCAUGACGAACUGGAUGUUUCAUCAGCAGGCUCUGCAGGAGUACAUCCUUCUCUGCUGUCAGAACCCAUCCGGAGGGCUGCUGGAUAAGCCUGGCAAAUCCAGAGACUUUUAUCAUACCUGCUACUGUCUAAGCGGACUUUCUAUAGCACAGCAUUUUGGGAGCCGGGAGAUCCAUCACGAAGUGAUCGUGGGCAAAGAGGAAAACCGCCUGGCCCCAACUCACCCAGUGUACAACAUCUGUCCUGACAAAGUAGCACAAGCUGUACAGCACUUUCAUCAGAUGGCUGUCCCUGGGAAGAGUGGAUCAAGUUCCCAGACUCCUAACCUCUAAUACUUCAGAAAAAACUUCGGGUAACAUCAUAGGUUUAGGCCAUUUAUAAGUAAUACUCUGGUUUAUCAUUAGCGUCUGCAUGGACAUCUGACGCUGCAAAAUCCUUGUUUCUGCACGGCCAGCUGACUCGUGGUACAAGGAAGUGAAGAUGCAUGUGGAAGUUUGUGAACGCAGUCUGUAAGUGGUGAGCCUGAAUUAAGAAAACCAGUGCAGGAGUUCAUUGGGAGUCUGGAUUGGAUUUUUAAAAAAUGCAAAUAAAAGGUGAAUGCGUUCAAUAUUGUAUUCCAGGACCAGGUGAUUAAAAACCAAGAUGUUACUUUGAAUGGCUUUGUGUGAAGGGCAAGAAAUGUCUAGUGCCACUUAAGGCCUCCACAGUGAGUAAACGUGGUGGGUAGUAUCCGUAUUCUCUACCUAUGGUGUUACCCAGAAGUACUGCAGCAAGAAUUUUUUUUUUUUUUUUUUUAAAAGCCAUGUAGGAUCAUGUUAGAAUUCUAACUAGAUUUUUAGUUUUACUAAUAAAUGUUUGAAAUCUAAAUUUACUAUUCUUUUGUGUUCGUUCAUUAUUCUUUGCUUGCCAACAGUACCAGGCCCAACAGCAUCAAUUGACUUCAAGAGGGAAUUUCUUUCAAACAACUUGCCUGAGGAACUGGUGUCAAAAUUGGCAGGAAGGGCAGCUGAGGGCCAAAAAUGAAACCUUUGAUACAGUGAAACCUAACUAAUCCAGCCCCUCUACAAACCGGUACUCUUGUAUAAUUUGUGGGUCCUGACCCAAAUCCCUAUUGAUAUGAAUAGUGCGACAUCCUCUACAAACUGGAACCUGUGUAUUCUGGCAUCCAGCACGAUUUUCGGCCUCUUCUGUGUACAGUCUAUGUAAAUAUGACUUUGCAAUCCAGCACCGGAUUGUUUAAACAUAAGAAAGACGUUGCGUAUAUAUUCACAAGCCCUGUCAGCGCCAUUCUGAAUUGUGCAGGUGUUGAACAGCAACUAAAUGUCUAAACGUCCACACAAUGAGCUCUCUCUGGAAAAUGUCUAAACGUCCACACAAUGAGCUCUCUCUGGAAAAUGUCUAAACGUCCACACAAUGAGAUCUCUCUGGGAGGAAAAAAUGUGCUUAUCAAAAAAGCUGAAUGCUGCCAAGACAAUUGUCCGGUCCUAAGUGACACCAGAUUGGACAGGUCUUACUGUAUUGUUGUUUCAGCUCUAGUGGAACUAUCAUAGGGUUUAUUUGUAGCAAUGAACUUCUCUGUUGCCACAUUCUUUAUGUUUAUUAAAUCCACUUACAUAAUUGGUUACAUUUUUCCUACUCUGCACACAUUUAACAUGAGUGCCAUAUCUGAACUUUAGUCACCGUAUGUUUAGCAUUAUGUGAUGUGAUAAAUAUCAAAAUAAAUGUGGCAAUAGUCAAGGACAUUUCUGCAAAUCCACCCUACGGUACUUUCCUUAAAGGUAAAACAGCUUCUACUGUGUGCAUAGACUAGAUUAAUUUGAUGAAUACCGUAAUGCCAUAAAUAUCUGCAGGCCUUUAUGCGCUUUUUUGCGUACGAAAAAAAAGCAAACAUUUUUGGCACAUCAAAUUCCACUAACAAUACAUCCUUCGUACAUUGCAACAGGUUGCCAAUAUUUCUGGAGCAAAAUAGGUUCUUUGGGUUUGAUUCACAAAUAUUGAUGGCUUUACAUUAUCAUAGAAAUAUUGCAUCAUCAUACUUGUUUUCCAGAAUGAUUAAGCUUACCUUACACUGAAAAUGUAGUCAGUAGUAUUAGAAUCCACUAUUUUUUAUCUCCAUUUUAAAUUCAAAGUGGUCACUUCACUUUUUAUAGCCAUCAUGUACAUAACAUAUAUACCGUUCAGCAUGGUUUGAGUCCUCAUUCAAAAUGUGGACCCUUAUGCACUGAUCCAUGUCUGUCUCAUUCUGAAUGGUGAACUGAGGAACUGCCUUGAAUUUCCACCAAUAUUCUCAGAACUAAAGCCUCAUACAAGAGUCGUUCACCAAGCUGCCUGGACUUUUAUCGGAUUACUCCGAAACUAUUUUAUUCAAAAUUUUAAACCUGUAGAUUAACAAAAUGCAGGAUUAGGAGGAUCCUUUCUGUAUACGCACACUGGUUUCCUUUGUUUUUUCAUAAAAAAAGACAGAUCCAUCUUUAAAGGAUAAAAUAGUUUUAUUUAUAGUCUCAUAUUAAAGGUAAGCCUUAACUUGCAAGACAAUUGUUGGCAGUAUGUACAACAUACCUGUAAUUUCCAUGGAAUGGAAUUAAACGUGAACAAAUAUCUAUUUAGUACACACUAAUUAAAGUUCUAAUAAUGAAAAAAGGAAAA